GAUAGCUGAUCAGCUUCCCUGGAUUUCGCUGACGCCACAGGAAAGCUUUGCCUGAAGAUGGAAACACUGGAGUCGGAACUGACCUGCCCUAUCUGUCUGGAGCUGUUUGAAGACCCGCUGCUGCUGCCUUGUGCUCACAGCCUCUGCUUCAACUGCGCGCACCGCAUCCUGGUCUCCCACUGCGCCACCAACGAGCCGGUGGAGUCAAUCACCGCCUUCCAGUGCCCGACCUGCCGCUAUGUCAUCACCCUCAGCCAGCGCGGUCUAGACGGGCUCAAGCGCAACGUCACCCUGCAGAACAUCAUCGACAGGUUUCAGAAAGCCUCGGUCAGCGGGCCCAAUUCCCCCAGUGAGACCCGCCGGGAGCGGGCGUUCGAUAGCAACAGCAUGUCGUCCUGCGAGAAGGUGCUCUGCCAGUUCUGCGACCAGGACCCUGCCCAGGAGGCAGUGAAAACCUGCGUUACCUGCGAGGUGUCCUACUGCGAGGAGUGCCUGAAAGCCACUCACCCCAACAAGAAGCCCUUCACCGGCCAUCGUCUCAUCGAGCCCAUCCCGGACUCUCACAUCAGGGGAUUAAUGUGCUUGGAGCACGAGGAUGAGAAAGUUAAUAUGUACUGUGUGACCGACGACCAGUUAAUCUGUGCCUUGUGUAAACUGGUUGGGCGACACCGUGACCAUCAGGUGGCAGCUUUAAGUGAGCGCUAUGACAAGCUAAAGCAAAAUUUGGAGAGUAAUCUCACCAACCUUAUUAAGAGGAACACCGAACUGGAAACUCUUUUGGCGAAACUCAUUCAGACCUGUCAACAUGUAGAAGUAAAUGCAUCCCGCCAAGAAACCAAGCUGAUGGAAGAAUGUGACCAGCUCAUUGAAAUAAUCCAGCAAAGACGACAAAUAAUUGGAACCAAAAUCAAGGAAGGAAAGGUGGUGAGGUUGAGAAAACUGGCUCAGCAGAUUGCGAACUGCAAACAGUGCAUUGAGCGCUCGACAUCCCUCAUCUCUCAGGCUGAGCAGUCGCUGAAGGAGAACGAUCACGCUCGCUUCCUGCAAACUGCUAAAAAUAUCACUGAAAGGGUUUCCAUGGCAACUGCAUCCUCCCAGGUUCUAAUUCCUGAAAUCAAUCUCAACGAUACUUUUGAUACGUUCGCACUCGAUUUUACCCGCGAGAAGAAAUUGUUGGAAUGCCUUGAUUACCUUACAGCUCCCAACCCACCCACCAUUCGAGAAGAGCUCUGUACAGCUUCUUAUGAUACCAUUACUGUCCACUGGACGUCGGAUGAUGAGUUCAGUGUUGUCUCUUACGAGCUGCAGUACACCAUCUUCACCGGACAAGCUAACGUUGUUAGUUUAUGCAACUCAGCCGACAGCUGGAUGAUUGUUCCCAAUAUCAAACAAAACCACUACACAGUGCACGGGUUGCAGAGUGGCACUAAGUACAUCUUCAUUGUUAAGGCCAUUAAUCAGGCCGGCAGCAGAAGCAGCGAGCCCGGCAAGCUCAAGACAAACAGUCAGCCAUUUAAACUGGACCCCAAAUCUGCUCACAGAAAAUUGAAAGUGUCUCAUGAUAACUUGACAGUGGAACGUGAUGAAACAUCCUCCAAGAAGAGUCACACACGGAGCCCGGAGCGUUCCACCAGCCAGGGGAGCUAUGGAGUAGCUGGCAAUGUGUUCAUUGACAGCGGGAGGCAUUACUGGGAAGUGGUUAUAAGUGGGAGUACAUGGUAUGCCAUUGGCAUUUCUUACAAGUCAGCACCGAAGCAUGAGUGGAUCGGGAAGAAUUCUGCCUCCUGGGUGCUUUGCCGCUGCAAUAACACGUGGGUGGUGCGGCACAACAGCAAAGAAAUCCCCAUCGAGCCCGCGCCUCACCUCCGGCGGGUGGGGAUUUUGCUGGACUAUGACAACGGUUCCCUUGCUUUUUAUGAUGCUUUGAACUCCCUACACCUUUACACUUUUGACAUUACAUUUGGGCAGCCGGUGUGCCCCACAUUCACUGUGUGGAAUAAGUGUUUGACCAUUAUAACAGGCUUGCCUAUCCCUGACCACCUAGACUCCUCCGAGCAGCUCGCAUGACUGCUAAAAGCCAAAAGGUAGGAUGACGCAUCUUCCCAGGGAGGCCAGGCGGCUGCCCGCAGGAGCUUGCCCGGAGCUGGUGGACCGCGUGGCUUCCUGGCUGUCGCUACCAAAUCCAGCCAGAACUGAAAAGGGGAGAAUCUCUCUUUUCUGUGUACUUUGUAUGGAAGGACAAGAAAUGGCUUUAAUAAUAUCUUAGAACUUUCUUUUGCAGUUGGUUUUGUUUGGUUGGUUUUUGUAUUUAGUCUCUUACAGGAAGAUUUAUAAAUUAUUUAUAAAAAAAAAAAAAAAAAAAAAGAGAGAGAAGGGAAAGCCUGGUUUGGACACCUGGAAGAGGACUUAUUUGUUUUGCACAU